UUGCAACAAAUUCUAAUUGAUCCGAAUGUACGAGAUGUCUUCUUUGGUAAAAAAGCAGAAGAAUUUAGAAGUAAAAGUACCCUCAUCCUAUAUGUUGUAGUAGAAAACAAACCAAAAAAACCAUUGCAAUGUGUUAGAGGCAUACCUUUCGAUGUCAUAAAGAAAUUUGAUAAUAUCCUGAAUACACAGCUCGGACGAGACUUUCGUUCAAAAUUCAUCAAUCUUAUUGCUAUAAGCUUAGAUUGGAAGAAUGUUGAUGGAUAUUAUAUAGAAAAACCAGCUAUUAUUUUCUAUGUUAUCCGUAAGGGAGUGAUUCCUAUUGGUAAUGAUUAUUUUCCUAAGAAUAUUGAUGAUAUAGAAACAGAUCAUGGAAUCUCUGGAACAAUUUGUGCCGGAACUUUAGGUAUGUUUGUGAAAGAUUCUAACGAACAAAACGAACGCAUAUAUUUAUUGACAAAUGACUAUGUCAUCCGUAUGAAACAUGGUUCUGAAAUUCAAAACAAAAUAUGUCAACCAGCUGAUAGUGACUACGUAAUGUAUCUCGAAAAAGAAUUAAAAGCAAAAUUAGACAAGAAACUACAAUCUAAUGUUGAACACAAUGUAGAAAAUGAAAUCUAUGAUAGGAUUAAAGAUUUGGAAUUUGAAAUUAAAAAAUGCUCUGAUAUCAAGAAAUUAGAAAAAGAUUUGAAAUAUGCAAAAAGAUAUAAUACCCAUUUGGCAUUAUUUACAAAUGGAUUACGAGAUAAUUAUAAAAUUGACAAAAGAAAUUAUGGUGUCGACGCCGCAAUAGCUAAACUAGAACAAUCUGAGGGAACUCUUUUGCGAAAAAUAAAGUCACGCAAUUUUGCAAUCGGUAAUUCUGCAUUCGAAGAUGAAUCUCCUAUUUUAAUCACGGAUAUUAACGAAGAUAUUCACUCUGUUGAUACUUCUAAGCCAAUAUAUAAAGUUGGAUGCACAUCUGGGUUAACAAAAGGGUAUAUUAAAGAAGGCAUAACAUCAAUCCUUUCUAAGGAUGGCUCUUUGAUAUUAGAGCAACAAUUGAAUUUUCAUGGUGUACAGAUGAAAGAAAUUAAAGUUCGGGGGAAAGAAAAUUUUCCUUUUAAAUGGUUAGAUAGGCAAAUAUUGGUACUAGCAAAAAAAGGACUCUUCAUGGAUGAAGGGGAUUCGGGUUGUAUAUGGUUUGAUCAAGAUGGAAUAGUUAUAGCAUUGGGACAUGGGACAUUGUGUACAACAAGUGGUGAAUUUGCUGUAGGAUCAUCAAUAAGUACUGUGUUAAAGGCUCUCAAGGUUUCCCCUUAUUUUGAACAAAUGCUGAAAUUAUACAUUUGUUAUUGGAUAUCAAGCAUAUUGUGUGUCAUUACUAUUUCUACUUCUUUGAAGCCAAUUGAUAUCCGUAAAUUAAGUGUCUUAAGAUUAAAUUCCCGAUAA